AUGCAGGUUUCGAGUGCUAUCAGCGACGUUUUGGUGGUGCUUCCGCCUUCGGCAUCUCUCAGGCUACCGGAAUUUCGCCACUUGCAUGCUUUUUCUGUUUCUGAUGCCAAGGGUUUUCUUUCCGGUGGAUUUCUUAAAAGCUGUCCUUCGUCUUACAAUACCAAGCACUGCAAUGAAUUCUACAAUUUCCGAGCUAGAGGCUUAGUUGCAAGAGCAUCAGCUGAUUCAAGGGGUAAUUCAGCGCCUUUUGCACCUCUCCAAUUUGAAUCACCGGUUGGUCAGCUUUUGGAACAAAUUUCGAAUACCCAUCCACAUCUACUGCCAGCAGCCAUUGAUCAGCAACUAGAGAAUCUUCAGACUGCUAGAGAUGACCAGAAAGAAUCUUCUACUUCAUCAGAUGAUUCCCUUUACAAGAGGAUAGCUGAAGUCAAAGAGAAAGAGAAGCGAACGACAUUGGAAGAGAUAAUGUACUGCUCAAUUGUACAUAAAUUUUUAGAGAACAACAUUUCAAUGAUCCCAAAAAUAUCAGCAACAUCAGACCCAACUGGUCGAGUGGAUUUGUGGCCAAAUCAAGAGCUGAAACUAGAAGCUGUUCAUUCUCCAGAGGCAUUCGAGAUGAUUCAGAGUCACUUAUCCCUGGUACUAGGAGAUCGGCUUGUGGGUCCUCUUCAGGCAAUUGUUCAGAUUAGUAAAAUUAAACUGGGGAAGUUGUAUGCUGCUUCCAUAAUGUACGGAUACUUUCUCAAGCGAGUUGAUGAGCGGUUUCAACUUGAGAGGUCGAUGGGAACCCUCCCCAAGGAUUUGGGAAAGGCUAAAAGUUUUGAGGAACCAUCACCGGGUAUCAAGCUUUGGGAUCCUGAUUCCUUAAUCACAGUUCAGGAUUAUGACGACGAUAGUUACAGUGAUAGUGAUUACAUGGAAACUGAUGGCAAAUCUUUCAGACUAAGAGCUUAUGUGAUGCAGUUGGAUGCAGAGACGCUUCAGAGACUUGCUACUGUACGCUCAAGGGAAGCUAUAUCAUUGAUUGAAAAGCAAACUCAAGCCCUGUUUGGAAGGCCUGAUAUCCGUGUCUCUGAUGAUGGUUCAAUUGAAACCUCCAAUGAUGAAUUGCUUUCACUCACCUUCUCAGGUUUGACCAUGCUAGUUUUGGAAGCUGUUGCUUUUGGAUCAUUCCUCUGGGACAAGGAAAACUAUGUUGAAUCCAAGUACCCUUUUCUUAAUGAGUAG